AUGGUUCAAUCAUCUGUUCUGGGUUUCCCCCGUAUGGGAAAGCUCCGUGACCUCAAGAAGGCUACUGAGGCUUACUGGGGUGACAAGAUCUCUCGUGAUGAGCUGAUCUCCGAGGGCAAGCGUCUCCGUCUUGCUCACUGGCAGAUUCAGAAGGAUGCCGGUGUCGAUGUCAUCCCCAGCAACGACUUCGCCUUCUACGAUCAGAUUCUCGACCACCACCAGCUCUUCGGAACCAUCCCCGAGCGUUACACCAAGUACAACCUCCACCCUCUCGAUGAGUACUUCGCUAUGGGUCGUGGUCUCCAGAAGGAGGGUGUCGAUGUCCCCGCUCUCGAGAUGGUCAAGUGGUUCGACAGCAACUACCACUACGUCAAGCCUGCCCUCCAGGACAACCAGGUCUUCAAGCUCGCUGCCGAGCCUAAGCCUGUUGCUGAAUUCCUUGAGGCCAAGGCCGCUGGCAUCACCACCCGUCCCGUCAUCCUCGGUCCCGUCUCUUUCCUGACUCUCGCCAAGGCCGACCGUGGCCAGAGCGUUGACCCCAUCUCCCUCCUUGACAAGCUCGUUCCCCUCUACGUUGAGCUCCUCGAGAAGCUCAAGGCCGCCGGUGCCGAGGAUGUCCAGAUUGAUGAGCCUGUCCUCGUCUUCGACCUUGCUGAGAAGUCCAAGGCUGCCUUCAAGCCUGCCUACGAGAAAAUUGGUGCCCUCGGUGCCAAGGGUCCCCGUAUUACCCUCACCACCUACUUCGGUGAUAUCGUCCACAACAUUGAUGUCCUCGCCAACCUCCAGAGCCUCUACGCCAUCCACGUGGACCUUGUCCGCAACCCCGAGCAGCUUGACACUGUUGUUGCCGCUCUCGGCCCCAACCAGGUCCUCUCUGCUGGUGUUGUCGAUGGUCGUAACAUCUGGAAGACCAACUACAAGGCUGCCAUCGAGAAGGUCGAGAACGCCAUCCAGAAGCUCGGCAAGGAGCGUGUCGUCGUCGCCACCUCCAGCUCCCUGCUCCACGUUCCCCACACCCUCGAGAGCGAGAAGACCCUCGAUGCUGAGGUCCGCGACUGGUUCUCUUUCGCUGUUGAGAAGACCGCUGAGGUUGUCGUGAUCGCCAAGGCUGUCUCCGAGGGCCCCGCUGCCGUCCGUGCUGAGCUCGAGGCCAACGCCAAGUCCGUCCAGGCCCGUGCCUCUUCCGCUCGCACCAACGACCCCGCUGUCAAGGCCCGCCAGGCUUCCGUCACCCCCGAGAUGCACAACCGCCAGUCUCCCUUCCCCACUCGCCACGCCGAGCAGGGCAAGACCCUCAAGCUUCCUCUCUUCCCCACCACCACCAUCGGUUCCUUCCCCCAGACCAAGGAGAUCCGUAUUCAGCGUAACAAGUUCACCAAGGGUGAGAUCACCCCCGCUGAGUACGAGAAGUUCAUUGAGAAGGAGAUCGAGGAGGUUGUCCGUAUCCAGGAGGAGCUCGACCUCGAUGUUCUCGUCCACGGUGAGCCUGAGCGCAACGACAUGGUCCAGUACUUCGGUGAGCGUCUCACCGGUUACGUCUUCACCACCCACGCCUGGGUCCAGUCUUACGGCUCUCGUUGCGUGCGUCCCCCCAUCAUCGUCGGUGACAUCUCUCGUCCCGCCCCUAUGACUGUCAAGGAGUCCAAGUACGCUGCUUCCAUCACCAAGAAGCCCAUGAAGGGUAUGCUCACUGGACCCAUCACCUGUCUCCGCUGGUCCUUCCCCCGUGAUGAUGUCCACCAGUCCGUUCAGGCUCAGCAGCUCGCCCUCGCUCUCCGCGAUGAGGUUGUUGACCUUGAGGCUGCUGGUAUCCACGUCAUCCAGGUCGACGAGCCCGCUCUCCGUGAGGGUCUUCCCCUCCGCACUGGCUCCGAGCGUGUUGCCUACCUCAAGUGGGCUGUCGACUCCUUCAAGCUGUCCACCGCCGGUGUCACCGACGGCACUCAGAUCCACUCUCACUUCUGUUACUCUGAGUUCCAGGACUUCUUCCACGCCAUCGCUGCCCUCGAUGCCGAUGUCCUGUCCAUUGAGAACAGCAAGUCUGACGCCAAGCUCCUCCAGGUCUUUAUCGACCAGGCCUACCCCCGUCACAUCGGUCCCGGUGUCUACGACAUCCACUCUCCUCGUAUCCCCAGCGAGCAGGAGAUCAAGGACCGUCUCGAGGAGAUGCUGCAGUACCUCACUCCUCAGCAGUUGUGGGUCAACCCCGACUGUGGUCUGAAGACCCGCCAGUGGCGCGAGACCAAGGCCGCCCUCGAGGGCAUGGUCGCCGCCGCCAAGUUCUUCCGCGCCAAGUACGCGCAGUAG